AUGGAAUUAGAUGAUCGACGAAAGGAGUUAUAUAAUCUAAAUACUCGAGCAUGGGAUGGUGAAUCUGUAUUUAAAACAGCAACUAAAUUAGAUUCUUCUUUGAAAAAGAAUACAACUUUCAUCAAGAAGGUUAAAUUGAUCAAUAAUGAACAAUAUAAAACAAUUAUUAAAGACGUUGAAACAUUAUCAAUUGAAAAAUAUUUAUCUGAGGUUAUUGUAUCUAUUGGAGAAGCAUUGGUUAAGGUUUCAAAAAGUGAUGAUACUUUAGCAAGUAUGGAAGUUGUAUCUGCAUUACAUCAAAGAUUUAUUACAAAUUUUACACCUUAUUUAUUAAUUAACUUAUUAUUACACAUUUCAAAUACUAAUGAAGAAAAGGAGAAAUCUGCACGUCAGAAAAACCUACUCAAAUUGAUUGGUGAAUUUUACAUCAUUGGAAUUUUCAGAAAUUUAAAAGAUUGUAAUAAAGAAGAUGUACCUGACGAAAUUUUAACAAAGUUUGGUAAAUUUGCAUCUGAACCUAUAAUUAUUAUUGUAUUAAAAGAUUUAUUAAAUUAUCAAUUAAAACUGGGUAAUUCAUUAUCCAUGGCACAAGCAUUUUUAAAAAGAUUUCAUCAUAUGAUUUAUGACCCACAAAAUGAGUUACUUUCUUUUGAAGUGAAGAAUGUAUUACAACAGAUUUUUAAUAUUUAUACAAAAGCAGUUUUCAAUCAUUUAAUGGUCCUCAAAAAGAAAGUACAUCAAGUUUCUGAAAUAAAUAAAAAAGCUUCAAUUAGGACUGGUAAAAUACUUGAAAAAAAUCAAACUGAAUUGGAAAAUGUUACUAAAUUAUUUGAGAAAUUCAAAUCUACGUCUGAAUAUUUAUCAACAACUUUGGAAAUACCAUUACCUUCAGAAUUGAAUCAAGUUGAAAAAGAGGAAUCAAAAGAUGAUUCAAAAAUUGAAGUUGUUAAAACUAAAACAUUAAAUGAAGACGAAUUAAAUGGAGUAUGGGAAGAUGUUAAAGAGAGAAAUUUUUAUACAAUUAUUUCAUCUCUUGGUGAAUUGAUUGAUGCAUAUCCUGAAAUUGCCAAAAGUACAAGUACAAAAGAUGGUGAAAAAAUUCAAGAGUUUCUUGCUAAGCUACAAAAUAUGUCAUCAAAUGAUUUAGAACAAUUAGUAGUUGAAUUUAACAAUCUCAAUUUGAAUAAUAAAGCUACAAAGAAUAGAAUUAUGAAAUUCUUUGUUGAAACUUCAAAUAUUAAUAACUUGAAAUAUUAUACAAAGUUUUUAAAAAUUAAUGAAAUGAAUUUACAUGACUUAAUAUUAGAAUUGAUAACUUAUUUGGAUAAAGGUUUCAGGUCACAAUUGUAUCAAAAUAAAUUAAACUUUAAAAACAUUUACUUUUUCAUUGAAAUGAUUAAAUUUAAAAUGAUUCCAACUCAUUUAAUAUUCCAUAAGAUUAGAAGUUUAACAAUUAACAUCACAUCAACAAAUAAUAUUGAUAUCUUAUCUGUCUUUUAUGAAAAUGUUGGAAGAUUUUUAUUAUCUGAUCUUGAAUAUUUACCAUUAAUGAAGGAAAUGAUUUCAUUAUUAAAAGAGAAAUCAAAACUAUCAAAUCUUAACAUUAAUGAUAAAUUAGCAAUUAACAAUUUAUUAAUUAUUGUUGAACCACCAGCUACUAGAAUUGUACAACCUAGAAUUGAAUUAUCUUCAAAAUCACAAUUUAUUCAAAGAUUAUUAAGAGUAGAAUUAAAUAAUAAAUCAUUACCAUUAGUUGUCAAUUUAUUAAGAAAAAUCUCAUUUAAAACUAAUGAAGAAUGUUUUCAAACCAUGCUUGAUUGUUUUGCAAAACCUGAUUUACUAAAGUAUGAUAAUAUACCAGCAUUAGCUCAAGUAUUACUGAUUUUUUCAGAUAAAUAUAAAAGAAUGGUAGUGUUUACAGUUGAUACAAUUAUUGAAAACAUAAUUCGUUCAUUAGAAUUGAAUGAUUAUAGAAUGAAUAGAAGUAGAAUGGCACAAGUGAAAUAUAUUGCUGAAAUGUAUAAUUCAAAGAUUAUAAACUUUAUAUUGAUAAAUGAUUUAUUAUAUAAGAUAUUAUGUUUUGGACAUUUAAAUAAUCAACCAUUACCAAAUAAUUGGGAUAUUGAAAUUGAUUUACCAAAUAAUUAUUUUAGAAUUCAACAAGUGUGUUUAUUGUUAAAUUCAUUAAAUUCAAUUUAUGUGGAUACUGAAUUAUCAUACAAGAAGAAGACAUCAAAACCAUUUGAUUUAAAAAAGAGAAAUGAUGUAAAUAAGAAUUUAUUAGGUGUUUUCAUGACUUUCUUACAAUAUUAUAUUUACUGUAAAGAACAACCAUUACCGAUCGAAAUCAAUUUCAAAUUAAAUGAUGUAUUUGUGAAAUAUAAAAGUAUACCAACUGUGAUACGUUACGAUACAAUUCAGGAAAUUGUUAAAAGAUUACUGGAAUCAACUCAAACUAAAAAAGAAGCUGAAUUAUAUUUUGAUGAAGAAGAAAAUGAAGAAGAAAUUGAAAUUGAAAACGAAGAUUUAAAUGAUCAUGAAGAAGAUGUGGAAAUUGAUAUAAUUGAUGAAGAGGAAGAUGAGGAUUCUACUGAAUCUGAAUCAAGUGAAUCGGAAGAAGACGAGGAAGAAGAAGCAGAGGAAUUAAGUGAUGUUCAAUCUGAAACUAGUGAAAUUAUACAAGAAGAUAUGAAUAGACUUGAUUUCGAUCAAAAAUUCAAUCAAGAUUUAGAUAAAGAAUUACAACGGAUUUUGAAUGAAAGUUAUACAUCCAAUACAUCAUUUAAAUCUCAUCAAACUAAUAAAUUAUUACCGUUACCAAGGCAAUUUAUAAAUCAGCAGAGACCAACAGUACUAAAAUCAAAUGAUCAAAAAAUUUCAUUUUCAUUAAUUACUAAAGAUGGUAAAAAAUCAAUAAGUAAACAAUUUUACGUACCUAAAGAAAAUCAAUUUGCUCAAUCAGUGAUUAAAGAACAAGAAGAUGCAAAACAAGAUAAAGAAAGAAUAAUGAAAUUAGUAUCAAAGAUGCAAGAUUAA